GCCCCAGCCCCUCGGGAAGCCGCCAUCCCCGAUGGGAGACAGCGUCCCCCCACCCUCCGUGCCACCCCCUGCGCCUGGGGGUGCCCUGCAGGGAGAGCGCAGCUUCCCCCAGCAUGGCCGACCUGGCCCUCCGGAUGUCAUCCCCUCAGAAAAGACCGUCCCUGCAACCAUCACUCCCUCUGAGAAGAAGAUUGUCCCACCUGUCCCUGCAGCCAUCAGCCCCUCUGAGAAAAUUGUCCCACCCGUCCCUGUAACCAUCACUCCCUCUGAGAAGAAGAUUGUCCCACCCGUCCCUGCAGCCAUCAGCCCCUCUGAGAAAAUUCGGGCGGUGCUGGAGGAGCGGCAGAGGCAGAAGCUGGAGAAGAAUAAGGAGCGCUACGAGGCAGCGAUCCAGCGGUCGGUCAAGAAGACGUGGGCAGAGAUCCGGCAGCAGCGGUGGUCCUGGGCUGGGGCCCUGCACCACGGCUCCCCCGCACACAAGGAUGGUGCGAGCCGGUGCUCGGUGUCCGCUGUAAACCUCCCCAAACACGUCGACUCUAUAAUCAACAAGCGGCUCUCCAAAUCCUCCGCCACCCUCUGGAACUCUCCCAGUAGAAACCGGAGCUUGCAGCUGAGCCCAUGGGAGAGCAGCAUCGUAGACCGGCUGAUGACGCCCACCCUGUCGUUCCUGGCGCGCAGCCGGAGCGCCGUGACGCUGGCUGGCAAUGGCAAGGAGCAGGGUGAGCCCCAGGGGCGGCUGCAGGAGGAACGAGAGGCCCAGGAGAGAGCCCGGGCUGAGCGAGAGGAGGUGGAGCGGCUGCAGAGACAGAAGGAAGAGGCCGAGGCGCGGGCACGCGAAGAGGCUGAGCGGCAGCGCCUGGAGAGGGAGAAGCACUUCCAGCGUGAGGAGCAGGAGCGGCUGGAGAGGAAGAAGCGCCUGGAGGAGAUCAUGAAGAGGACGCGCAAGUCGGACACAGCAGACACCAAGAAAAAGGACGACAAGAAGGUGGUGAACGGGAAAGCAGCCCAACAGGAAGAUGUCCCAGGCCGUGAGAAGCACCUGGGGCCAAUCCCCAAGGCAGAGGAGCUCCCAGAGAUGGAGACCCCAAGUGCAGGGACGCCGGGGGGAACGAAGGGCUUGGUGGGCGAGGGGCUGCAGCCAAGCUCCAAGGAGGCAGCAGCCCUGGUGAACGGCGUGCAGCCCGGCAAGCACGAGAACGGCUUCUCGGGCAGUGAGGGCUCCAAGGAGCUGCGGGAUCUCUCCCACCAUGGUGGCAGCCCCGGCAGCAUCAUUCCCUUUGGCGACAAGGAGCCCUUCCUCAAGCAGGCCGUGGUGAAGCCGCCGCAGGUGACAGAGGUGCUGUGAGGGCCUGGCUGAUGUCCCCAGGAGCCAGUGCCUGUGCCCUGACCCCGGUGGCCCACGCAGAUCUGUAGCUGUCGUCACAACACGAGCCUCGCUGCUCCUCCCGGGCGCCCGGGGGCUGCAGGGCCCCAGCGAGGAUGCCUGGCUCCUCUCUUUGUUCUCGUUUUUAUUUCGUUUUGUUGGUUUUUUUUUAUUUUAAAUAUGCACCUUAUCAGACUGACAGCCCACCCUCGCAGCCCGCUGGAGCCGCCCCAGACGUGUGGUGUAAUGAUGUAGUUAUUUAACUCGCUGGGUACAACGUCUGUGAAUACUGUAAAUAGAGCCGGCCGGGCGUGGGGAUGCUCUGGGGGGCUCGGGGCUGGGGGGAAGCCGUGUCACAGCUCCCGGUGCCCACGUUCCCCCGCAUGUCCGUGUGUCCAGUGUCCCCGGGCCCGGCCGGCACCACGCUGCUCUGUGCCCUUGUGACAGUGUUAUGCAUCCAGACAACCUUUGACAACAAUUAAAAGUGGACAAUGCCCUC